CAAGAUGAACGUGAUGAGUCGCCCGAGCAUAUUCCUUGCAAGCAGCAAAAGAUUGUAAACUUUUUUCCAAGUAAAGCUCAAAAUACUCUUGAGGCUAUGUUAGCGCGAAUGACUGCAGUCGACGGAUUUACCUUUUCAGCAUUUGUUAAGUCGGCUGACUUGCGACAAUUGAUCGCAAUUAUCGAUGUUCUGUAUAAAAUUGAAUCAAGACCUACAACACUCAACGAAGCUGAUUGCAAUUAUAGUGACGACGAUUUCGAAGAUUUAGACGAAGAUGAUGUUCUUAUUAUUUAUAAUGGUAGUGAGCCUGUUAAAUACGCUGAAAAGUUUGAUUUAAAUUUAAUUAUUACAAAAGUUCGUAAAAUUGUGCGUACAUAUAGAAAAUCACCCACGAAAAACGACGCGUUGCAGAAAUAUGUUAAAACUGAGCAUAACAAAGAGCUGAAGCUUAUUUUAGAUUGUAAAACAAGAUGGAGUAGUCUUUUAGAAAUGUUGCAGCGUUUUGUUUUACUUGAAACAAAUAUUACGAAAGCAACAAUUGAUCUCAAAAUUACUUAUUUACAAAGUUCUGAAAUGAAAAUUAUUAAGGAAGUUGUCAGCAUACUUCAGCCCAUAAAAAUAACUAUUGAAGCUUUAUGCUCGAGAGAGAUGAAUUUACAUAAAUGCGACGUAGCGUUACACUUAAUGCUAGAAGAAAUAAAACAAAAUAAAUUUUCUUUAAGUAAGAUUUUACUUUCGAAAAUUAUUGAAAGAAUUAAGCAGCGUCGAACGAUUAUGUCAGACNUUUUAAAAUUACAGCCUGAGCCUAUUUUUAAAGAAGAUUUAAAUGAAUGUACUCAUAGCAUCACUAAU